AUAAAUUUGGUUCACCAUUGUUCUGUCACUUAAAAAAAAUAGAUGUAAACCAUAACAUUAUUGUCAAUAUGUCAAAUAAUUGAUGUGCAGAUUUUUCUUUUAUUAUCAUAAUACUGUCACCACUAUCAGGAAUCAAUAGGCUUUCAGAUUCAUACAUUAAUAAACUUCGAAUAAAUUUUCUUUCAUGUCACGUAGACAAAUUUCUGCAGCUUUAACAAUCCAUGAUAAUCUACGUCAAAAUAUGACAACCAUUCGCAUAUAGCCUGCUUUAGAGGCGAAUGUCAUUUGGACAUUUGAGGUGGACUAAAUUUAUUGUUCAGCACUGUACAUACCUCUCUUUCAACAAAUUUUAAAUAAAUUCGAAAUUCCCGCAUAAAUUCUAAGGCCGAUAAAACAGUUUUUGCUAUGAACGACAAAUGUCAAAAUUGUGUGAUGACAUUUGGUUAUCAAUGUAAAUUUACAAGUUUCAAUAUAACAAAAACAGUCAUCGAAUAACCAAAGUACAGACAGUUAAUAUUUAAGUUAACAAACAUGUCAGAAGAAGUAGCAAGUAGAAUUAAAACUAACGAAGAGGUUAUUGAAGACCUAACCAAAGAUUUGCAAAAUGCCCAGUUCUCCGUUGAUGAUUCGAAAAAAUCAGAGCCUGAAUCACACAUUCCAGAGGAUUUUGAUGCUUCUGAUACCGAUUCAAAUAAAGCUGAAGCACCUCAACACCUUUCAGAUGAUUCUGACGAUGAAGAAUUGAAAAAUCAGGAAUUGGAUUUAACUGAUGAAGAAAAGGAAGCCAGGAAAGAACAAGCAAUUUUGUUGAAAAACAAAGGCAACGACGAAUUUAAAAACUGUAAAUAUUUAGAAUCUGUUGGAACCUACACUGAAGCUUUGCGCUUAUGCCCUUUAAAAUACAAUAGUGAUAGAGCCAUCCUUUAUGCAAAUAGAGCAGCUUCUAAAAUAAAUAUAGAGAGGAAAGCUAGUGCUAUCGAUGACUGUACAAAAGCCAUAUCAUUAAAUGAUAAGUAUGUUAGAGCCUACUUAAGGAGAGCAAAGUUGUAUGAAGAAACUGACAAAUUUGAUGAAAGUUUAGAAGAUUUUAAGAAAAUUCUAGAGUUAGACCCAGGUAAUAAAGAGGCGUUAAGUGCCAUUCACAGAUUACCUCCACUAAUAGAAGAAAGAAAUGAAAAACUGAAAACGGAAAUGCUAGGAAAAUUGAAAGAUUUAGGAAACAUGAUCUUAAGACCAUUUGGAUUGUCCACAAAUAAUUUCAAUUUGCAGCAAGAUCCAAACACGGGAGGAUAUUCAGUAAAUUUUCAACAAAAUGGAUCAAACUAAUAUCUACAUUUUGUAUUUUUGUAAUAGUUCCAAACUUGUGAUAUUAAACUACUUUUUCAAGAAUUAUAGUAGGUACCAGAACAUUAGAAACUUACUAUUUCAGUCUUUAUUGAUUAAUUUCCGUAACAAAAAAAUGUAAUACUUGCAAGUUAAAAAUAAAACAUUUCGAAAUAGUUAA